GGUACCGGUCCGGCUCCGCUCCACUCGGUUCCUUCUACUUUGUACGAGCAGAGUGGUUCUCAAUCUUAUCGAGUCUUGUCCAUUAGACGAGGCGCAGAGUCGGGUAAUUUUGAACUCAGAGAGACACCAAUCGAGAGAGAUGGGUGAGUUGAAGUACGAGAUCUCGCAAGAAGCGUACAUGAAGCUGGUUCUUCAUGCUCUGAAGCAUAAGAUUGCGGCGGUCAACGGGGUCCUCGUGGGCCGUGUCUCCCCUCAAAACGAUGACGUUGUUGAGAUCUCCGACUCCGUCCCUCUCUUCCACUCCCAUCUUACCCUUCUACCUAACCUCGAGAUCGCCCUCAUCAUGAUAGAGGAACAUUAUGCUGCUCAAGGGCUGGGUAUAGUGGGUUAUUUUCAUGCGAAUGAGAGGUUUGAUGAUCUGGAGCUUGGCAAUGUGGCCAAGAACAUUGGAGAUCACAUUUGUCGCUACUUUCCCCAAUCUCCCAUCCUCCUGUUAGAUAACAAAAAACUUGAAGCUUUACCUAAAGCGAAAGACCGGAGCCCUGUCAUGCAGUUCUAUGUGAGGGAUGCAUCCAAAAAUUGGAAGCUAGUUGGAUCAGAUGGAAACAGCAGAUUGACAAUCAAAGAGCCAUCUGCAAAUAUACUUUUACUGGAUCAUAUUUCAUCUGAGAAGUGGCUGGAAGUUGUAGAUUUCGAUGAUCACCUUGAUGACGUUAGCAAGGACUGGCUGAAUCCAGAGCUCUUCAAAUAAGUUGGAAGAUCGGUUGUUAGCAAUUUUGCAAGGACUGUAGAGGUUGAUAUCGGGGCAUGACGGGCAUGACUGGUCCUGGCAACCGAUGGAAUAGCCGGUGGGUUUCUUAGCAGCUUGUGAGAAAUGCUUGUGAUGAACUAACUCAAGUGGGAAUGUUGGGGCCCGAAUCUCCCACUUAAAAAUUUUCUUGCUUUUUUGUUCAAGUAAUAGACUUCCCUUAAGUAGGGAAAUCAAAGGACUCAUUUCAUUAAGUUAAUAUUUGAGCUGAGAAUUCAAGGUGUUGGCAAAAACAUUAUAAGGCAUUUACGUUU